GGAGGGUGCGGACAAGUCCAGAUAGUCCAAAAAAGCUCGGGUGCUGCACGUUUGUGGUGUAGCAAUUAUACCGAAAUAUUUUCCGACAUGGUGCCUAAUGUUCACACAAGCUGAUCAUGUCCAACGCAUUCAUAGUCCAACAGAUCUAAUCGGUCAAAAAGAUGGCCCGCAAGAGGGAUCUGAUCCAGAUCCAGACGGAUGUCACCACACAGGAAGAGUGGGAACAGGAGAUCUCUAAGCCCGGCCUGACUGUUGUCGACGUGUACCCGGCGUGGUGUGGCCCCUGCGUCUCCAUGCUGGGGAUGCUGAAGAAGAUCAAGUUCGAGCUGGGCGACGACAUGCUGCACUUCGUAACGGCCCGGUCAGACGCGAUCGACGCGCUGGAGGCGUUCCGCGGCCGCUGCGAACCGCUCUGGAUCUUCUAUGGCUCGGGCAACGCCGUCUACCAGCUGCGCGGCGCCCACCUGCCGCUGCUGGCCAGCAAGAUUCUGGAGGAGCUCGAUAUUGAGAAGAAGGUGCGGCGCGGGCGGAGCGGCAGCGCGUCACCAAUCACCCUCGAGUGCGACGCGCCGGCCGAGGUGGAGCUGCCCGAGGUGCCGGUGGUCGAGGACGAGGCCGAGACGGCGGCGGCGCUCAACGCCCGCCGCCAGCGCUCGAGCUGCGCGUUGCGCCGCGCCCUGGCGCCGCAGGAGGAGAUCCAGGCCGUGCUGGACGCGCGUGGCUUCACCAGCGGGGCGGAGACGUGUGCGGUGCUCUCCGAGGAGGAGGUGGACGCCCUGCUUGGGCCGCCCUGCGGAAGUACAUUCCCCGAGCUGUACCGGGCGGCGCCGGCGCCGCCGACGGAGCAGGUGGCGUUCGUCAUCUUCCCGGCCAGCCGCGAGGAGGCGCCGCAGCUGCUCGUCGACGCCGGGUUCCGCGUCCUGCACUCGGGCUCCGACGCCCUCAUAGAGGAGGUAGCCGAGCAGCUGGUGCCAGCCUGGAGGGCGGCCAGAGCCAGAUCCCAGAGCUGGUUGGCGGAGCCGGUGUACGCGGCGGCACUGGGUGCGCCGGCGGACGCCGCCCUCUCCGCCAUGGUCAACAUGGACCCGCUCUACCUGUCCGACGGCCCCUACGUAGUGUGUCAGUACAAGCUCUCGGGCUCGCCCGUGUAG